AUGGCGACGCUUAUAAAAAGUAAGCUUUCAAACGUUGCGACUUCUGUUUCUAACAAAUCUCAGGCUAAAGUUAGCGGGGUUUUCGCGCGGAUGGGGUUUCAGGCGGCUACAGAUGAAGAAGCGGUUGGGUUUGCACAAUGUGAUGACCUGGACUAUGAGCACCGCCAGGGUUUGCAGAUGGACAUUUUGAAAACCGAAGAGGUGCCGGGAGAAACCGAAGCAGUGGAUGAGGGUGACAGUCACUAUCAGAGAGACGGAGCUGGUCUGCCUCCUUCCACCUCGAAAGACGGGGAGCCGUGCACGGAAUUAGCAGCUCAGGGAAAGCCCAAAAUCACUGCCUGGGAAGCAGGCUGGAAUGUGACCAACGCAAUCCAGGGUAUGUUCGUCCUGGGCUUGCCCUAUGCUAUUCUGCAUGGAGGAUAUCUAGGAUUAUUUUUAAUCAUUUUCGCUGCUGUUGUGUGUUGCUACACGGGGAAGAUCCUGAUCGCCUGUCUGUACGAAGAAAACGAAGACGGGGAGCUGGUGAGAGUAAGGGACUCCUAUGUAGACAUUGCAAACGCCUGCUGCACCCCUCGCUUUCCAAAGCUGGGUGGUAGAGUCGUGAAUGUAGCCCAGAUCAUUGAGUUGAUAAUGACUUGCGUGUUGUACGUUGUUGUAAGUGGAAACCUUAUGUAUAACAGUUUCCCAAAUCUGCCCAUCUCUCAGAAAUCGUGGUCUAUUCUGGCCACUGCAGUGCUGUUACCUUGCGCGUUCCUUAAAAAUCUGAAAGCGGUCUCCAAGUUCAGCUUGCUCUGCACUCUGGCACAUUUUGUCAUUAACAUCUUAGUGAUCGCCUACUGUUUGUCUAGAGCCCGGGACUGGGCCUGGGAUAAAGUCAAAUUUUACAUUGAUGUAAAAAAAUUCCCAAUUUCCAUAGGCAUUAUCGUUUUUAGCUACACUUCACAAAUCUUCCUGCCAUCGCUGGAGGGCAACAUGAAGAGCCCCAAAGAGUUUCACAGUAUGAUGAACUGGACGCAUAUUGCAGCGUGUAUACUCAAAGGACUGUUUGCUCUGGUAGCUUUCCUGACCUGGGCAGAUGCAACAAAAGAGGUCAUCACAGACAAUCUCCCGUCUACUAUCCGAGCAGUGGUUAACAUUUUCCUAGUGGCCAAAGCUUUGCUCUCCUAUCCGUUGCCAUUUUUCGCAGCUGUAGAAGUCUUAGAGAAGUCCUUUUUCCAAGAGGGCAGGAUUGCAAUGUUUACUAAUUGUUAUGGGGCCGAUGGUAAAAUCAAAUCCUGGGGGUUAGCUUUAAGAUGCAUCCUCGUGGUCUUGACCUUGCUGAUGGCUAUGUAUAUUCCCCAUUUCGCUCUGCUAAUGGGCCUGACAGGCAGCCUCACGGGCGCUGGCCUCUGUUUUCUGCUCCCCAGUCUCUUCCACCUCAAACUUCUGUGGAGGCAGUUGCAGUGGCAUCAUGUAUUUUUCGAUGUCUCCAUAUUUGUUAUAGGUUCUAUAUGCAGCGUGUCUGGGUUUAUCCACUCGUUAGAGGGCCUGAUCGAAGUGUUCAAUUCGAAUGUAAGUGAUUGA